CAACUCGGGCGAGGCAGAGGUACAGGGACAGACGUUAAACUGAAGUUAGGUUUUGUAAAGAAGAUUGUAUUGCUGCAGACAAAAGCCAUAAAUCGCUGCUUUUCACACAUGGUCUUAAUUCAAAUUGGAAUCCUCUGCUAAUGGCAAAGAGGUGUAAAUUCGUCGCGGGAGCGAAGCGAAUACAGCAAAAAAAGUGGUGGAGAAGGACAGGAAGGAAGGGAGAGAGACGGGAACCGAUGAGAUUACAUACUCAACCCAGGAUACACGCCGAGAGUUACUGUACAACUGUGUCGGGUAAACACUGGUGUUAUUAAGAUAUUGAAUCAAAAAUCAACGUCGUUUGCUGGUUUGACUCGGAACAGAUGGUACUGCGCAUUAGAAGAAUGUUGCAGAAAGAUUCACUGAAAUACUAGACUGCCCCCACCCCCCUCAUUUUAAACCAUUAGAGGUAAAGAGGGGCACGGGAGGUGGGGUGGGGGUUAAUAUUAGGACUAGGCUCCUCAGACACUACGCUGUGACGUUCCCCACUCUUUUCAUAUGGUCAGGCUCGCUAUCAGCUGUAGAUUAUUAACAAGGAGAAAGUUUUCUGAACUCAAUAGCGCAGACGUUUUCUUGCAGAGGAAGUUUGGGGCGCGAUUCAACAAGUCUCAUCUGGGGUCUGAGCUAAGGAGCUGCGGAGAAGAGCGGAGAUAACAAGGUUUAAAAAAGCCGCUGUCGAGAGAAUGAUAAAUGUCUGUAGAUUGGAGAACACGCAGGAACACCAAGGAGAGUGAGCACAAAAGUUCUGGCGAACUUUUAAACCGACAGACACGGCUAAUUUAGAUCCUUCAGAGUUUCGCAAAAUUAGCAGAAACUAAUGCUAACAUGUUUUCGCAGGGGGCAGCAAUUGGAUAUUUCAAAACACUUUCUCAAAGUGCGGCAUAAGUGAAGUAACAGGGAUUAUUUUUUGCUUGUGACAUAAUUGACUCUCCGGGAUUUGUAUACGAUUUUUUUUUAUUUCGUAUACGAAGAUUAAUAUCUGAAAAAGAUCAAUGAAACUGCUCUGGACUUCUUUUAAACAUCUGUGAACUACAACACUUACAUUUCUUUUUGGUUUGCUAACUCGUGGGGAAAGUGUUUUAUGACAUAUAUGUAUAUUUUAAGUUCAGGAGAAAACGCCACUAACUGAUCCGAUAGAAAAAAAAGUCGAAGGUAAACAGAACAGUUCUGAAAGAGAUGCAGAAUUACAAAUACGGUCCGACUGCAUCUGGAGUCCUGCCGCGGGACGCAGAACUUCACGCCCGGCUGGGAGAUCUUGGGGAGUCCGGGAGUCCGAGGGAAAAUGGAUCGGGCAGGAGUCACACUGACUGCUCAAGCCAUGCACAGCAGAAGAGGAGGAAAAUGCUGGUGUGCUUGGACGUGCUGUGUCUUUUCGUAGCCUCAAUCCCUUUUUUAGCCUGUGAGCUGAAGACUGUGGAGCCAUACAAGCGUGGCUUUUUCUGCAAGGAUGAGAGCAUUGCCUACCCUUAUCUGGAUACAGAGUCCAUCCCUGAUGGACUUCUCAUCUCUGGGGGCAUUAUCAUCACUGGCCUGAGUAUCGCUCUGGGUGAGUGUUACCGGGUCCGAUACCUCAACGUGAAGUCACGGGCCUUCAUCACCAACCUGUACGUGUCUACGCUGUACAAGGAGAUUGGCAGCUUCCUGUUUGGAUGCUGUGUGGGUCAGUCCCUCACCAACAUGGCCAAGCUCAGCGUGGGGCGCCUGCGGCCCAACUUCCUAUCGGUGUGCGGCCUGAACUACAGCAAUCUGAACUGCACAGAGGGCAGCUAUAUUGUUAAUUUUGAGUGCCCAUCCAUUAAAAAUAAUGAGGAAUACGCAAAGCUGGUGACAGAAGCCAGGAAGUCCUUCUACUCUGGACACGCCUCCUUCGCUAUGUACACCAUGCUUUACCUGGCGUUUUAUCUGCAGGCCCGGUUCACCUGGCAUGGAGCCCGCCUCCUGCGCCCCCUCAUGCAGUUCCUGCUGGUGCUCCUGGCAGUGUACACAGGGCUGACACGGGUGUCCGACUACAAACAUCACCCUUCCGACGUGCUGACUGGCUUCCUGCAGGGGGCGCUGGUGGCAUACUGGGUGGCCUUUUAUAUCUCUACCAUGUUCAAGCCUCCAAGCCAGGAAACGACUGAGAACGUCAACUCACUGGACAGUCCAGUGUCCAGCCAACAGACUGUAUGUUAGCCCUGUGGAGAGACAGAAGGAGAGAUGGAGAAAGAGGAAGAGGAGAGUGAGCGCCAUAACCACACAACAGACUUGUAUGUUAGCACUGUAGAUAGAGGGAGACAGAGUAAGCCCUAGAACCUACUGAGCAUGUGAGCCCGACUUGGAGAGGGAGGAGAGGAGAGGGGGAGGCAAGACAAAUGAGGGAACAAGAGACUAAAGAGGGGGAGGAAGGAGGAGGAGGCCUUGCAUCUAUCUAGUGGACAUGACUUAGCAGCUGGGAGAAGAAAGAGAGGAGAGAAGAGAGUCCGUCCAUCUCGCUGUGAAAGGGGGGAGAAGAGAAAGUGAUGGAGUGUGCGGAGGCGAGGGGGUAAUGUUAUCUCCCACACUGGGAGAAAAAGGGGCAGGCUGGCCACUCUUCUGCUCCAGAGAUAAAGAGUGCUACCUGUUGCCUGAUUGCUCAGAGGCAAUGGUCCUGUUCACAAAGCAAGAGGACACUGUGCUGCCUUUGUAGCAGCUUCUUACUGUUUUCUGCAAAGGAAAGGGGGUGUCGGUAUCCAGUGGCCUCUCAAACAAACAGUGCUGACAGGGUGAUGUUACUUUGGGCUCCAGCCAUGCUGUGAGCUUGUCAUUUUGACUUUUAUGUUGAAAGACAGUCAGAAGUGCUCACUUUUUUCUCCAUCCAAUCGAGUAGUAUCCGAUAAGAGUGUGCUUUUUGAUGUUCAGAAAUCAGCAGACCAAUGGAAUACCAUUUGACAGACAAACUCCCCAAAGAUGCCACUCAAUGUCAGCCUGUUGGACUAGCAGCCUGUAGUGCAUUUGAUGAUGUUUAUCUGCCUGUGAGGAAACAAGUGAGACAUUCCGUGUUUCCAAGCCAAUUUACCCAACAUAAAUUAGGGAGGGGCAAAUGAACUUAACUGAGCUAUUUAUUUGAAAAAGAAGAAGUCAAAUCAUCUUCCUUUUGAAAUGUUAAUCAGUUGCUAAUUUUAGAGCACGAUUCCCUGUAGCUGCCUGCCUCUGUAAUAAAACCUCUCUGCUUGUGGUAUAUGGCUGAGGUACCACAGGCACUGAAGUGCCUUCCUCAUAAAUUUUAAAUGUAUAUUUAAAAUGUAGAUGUAGAUUUUCAAAAUAGCUUUCCUUAUCCCACCUGUGCUUAGCUUUGUGAACACGACCAAGGGCUUUUUUAAUGAACUGAGUUCUAAAGCACUUUUAUCCAAUGAAUGAAAAGAUUCAAAACAAUGACCAACUGACUCUGCAAGCCUACUGAGCAUGAACUCUGGAGCCAAGGUGUGGAACGCCUGUCCUGAAAGUGACGUUGUAAACUUCAAAACUUCAUACAAAUAUAUAAAUUUAUAUAUAAAUAUAUGUUCUAUUUUUUACAAAAGGGUCUUCUAGCUCACGCUGCUAACUAUUAUUUUUUUAAAUAAUCCUAUUGUUUUGUAAAUAAACUGAGUAAAUCAGUACAUGAUAAACAAUAUUAAAUAAUAAUAACCACAAACCUCUCCUAAAUAGUUAGGAACUUUUUAAUUCUAUAUUUAAAAAAAAUAAAAUUAGACUACCUACUCCAGAUAAAUUUCAACCCAGGGCUAUUCUUCAUCUGAAGUGCUAAAUAAAAACCUGCCCUUUUCCAAUAUUACAAGACCAUGAAAAUGUGUUUCUCAGAUACAGACAUAUAUAAUGUACAUGCAGCUCAAAGGUCUUUGAGAAGAAGCUGUUCAGAAUAGAAAAGAUUGUUAGAUAUCAUCAUCAUAACAUUUUAAGCCUUACAUGUUUUUACUUUGCUGCAGGGACAUGCAACAGCAGUGUUUUCUGAAAUGGGACACUGUGGCCUCUGACCCCAAUUUGCUUGCUCACUGAUCUAUUAAGCAAGGGCAGACAGCGCUUGAUCAGCACAGGCACUUAUCUCCACUCUAUAAUUCUGCUUUCCAGUGGUCUUUCCACUGUCUGUUGCUUGCAUGCACAAGCCCACCAGAACAGUAUUAAGUGUUUGUUGCUGAUUGGAAAUUAUGUUACAAUAGCCUGCAGAUCCCCACCCCAACUUCUCUUUGUGCAAGGUCUGAAGGGGGCACUCCCAGUCCAAGUCCUUGUCUUUGGACAUUUUUUUGACACUCAGCCUUCCUUGUGUUAUACUGCCUAGAGAACUGCUGCAUUGUUAUAUGCUGUUGGUGAUGCUUUUGUUGUACUGCUUGUGUUGUAAUGAUGAUACUCUUUUCACAGGACAUUGUUUUGGGAAUAUGGAAUUAAGUUUGGAACUAGAGGCUGUGUAUGUUAUCAAAGGGUGGGACUUCCUAUUGGCUUGACUAGUUAAGGGGCUUGCUUACAGUGCAAAUUGACCCUUAUAACUCAGAUGUCACAUUUUCUAGCUGUGACCACACAAUGGCCUGGACACUGCAAGAGCUGACUGGUCUGCACACCUCAACUCCUGGCACCUGCUGGAUUAGAGUUGUUAGAGUUAGAUUUGUGGGGAAAAAAAGAUUUUAUUUGUCAUUUGCAAGGAGUAAUCGUUUUUGCAUUUUGUGCCCACCUCAUACAGAUACAGUAAUUGUGAGCCGGCUCAGUUUACUGGUACAUCUUCUGUGCUGCAGGGGGGAGUAGGAACCUGUGCAAACCCUCUUCUGAAACAUCUCAAGCUCCAUAGUGCCUUAUAGGAGAGUCAGCACUGCAUCUCCCAUUGGGGUCAGUGCGUGUUACCCUAACUACCCCAUACUGCAGGAGCACUCUACCAUGACAAAGCCUUCAGGUUUAUUGAAGUCCCCUUGAAUAGACUGUUGUUUCAUAUAGCAUUUUUGUAAAAAAAAAGAUGAGGCAAUCUUGGACUGUGAUCUUCUAAUCUGUCACUGAUAUUUAAACAUGCACACAUUGGUUUAUAUAUGUUGUGCUUUUCAUAGUUUAUACACAAACAUAAAUUACCCCUUGGGCAGUGUAUUGGAAUCAAUCCUGCAUUCUCCACUUUCAGACGCCAAUAAUAGACCACUAUUGCAAAUCUCCUCAGUGUGGAGACUGCUUUUCAGAAUCACACAUUCAAUCCAAGGAUGUAGAUUGGGGGGGGUUAGUUACUUUUAAAGAAAAAUGCAUUUCUUUGAUAUACAAACUGUGUUUCUUUCUUGCACAGGGCUCUUGUAUUUAUAUUUUCUCAAAGUGCAUAAUGUCUAAAACUCCAUUAACGUUCAUUCAGUGAUGGAAAGAUCUUGCCAAGGGGCUUUUAAUGUGAAUGUUACAAGACCUUUUCCGGGUUAGUUUAGCUUCCUGAGUGACUACAAAAGCCAAAGCAAUCCUUGCCAGGGCUGGAGAGUGAAUGCAAUUACCUAGACUGUGUUUUGUCUCUAAGUGAGCAUCACAGCAUGAUUUUCGGGGAAAAUUCCAGCCCUUGUUCCUACCUGGAUAGAGGGCAGAGAUAGAGGCAGAAACCCAGGUCAGAUCCAACUUGGAACUUUCCUCAAACUCACAAUG